GCUUUUUUCAGAUCCUUUUUAGUUUUGCGUUUGCGCCAAGAGCUGUUGUUCUUAGUUGAAUUUCUAAAGUGGUUCCUAGCUUAAAUAGCAUAUAUUUGCUCUAGAAGAGCAAGAAAAGCCAACAAAAAGGAAAAGCGGAGCUUCUAUACUUGCAAAUUGUCGCGAAACCAAAAAAACCAUCAAUAUGUCGGACUGGGAGGAUUUGCCCUCUGCCCAAACUAGCGGUGGAGCCUCGUUUAGUAAGCCUGAGAAAGAAGCACCCGGAUGGAGCGAUGAUGAGGACAAGGGCAAGAGCUUUGGCGGCGGCGGCAGAGGAGGUGGAGUCUAUCGAGGAGGAAAUCGUGGUGGUGAUGGAGAUGGAUUUGGUUUCCGUGGAGGACGUCGCGAAGGAGGCGGCGGCUUUCGAGGUCGCCGCGACGACAACGAGGAUGGUGAAGAACGUCGGGGCGGACGCGGAGGCUUCAAUCGGGAGCGCGGUGAACGUGGCGAAAAAGGAGAGGGUGGUUUUGAAAGGCGCCGGCGAAAUGAUGACGAUGUUAACAAUAACAAUGAUAUAGUCGAAGACGGCGAGAAGAAGCGAGAAUUUUACAUUCCGCCAGAGCCUACUAACGAUGCAACUGAGAUCUUCAGCAGUGGCAUUACUUCAGGCAUUAACUUUUCAAAAUAUGAUAAUAUUCCCGUUAAGGUGAGUGGCGAGGAUGUUCCCAAAGCCAUUAGGAACUUUGAACAUGCUGAAUUGCGUGAUAUUAUCAGAGAGAAUGUUACCAAAUCGGGCUACACGGUUCCGACUCCAAUUCAAAAAGUUUCUAUACCGGUGAUUGCCGCUGGCCGUGAUUUAAUGGCUUGUGCCCAGACUGGCUCUGGAAAAACCGCUGCUUUUUUGGUGCCUAUCCUCAGCAAACUGUUGGACGAUCCCCAAGAUCUGGAAUUCGGGAAACCGCAGGCAGUGAUUGUAUCCCCAACUAGGGAGCUGGCAAUUCAGAUCUUUAGCGAAGCGAGGAAGUUUGCUUUCGAGUCAUAUCUAAAGAUCAGUAUUGUUUACGGAGGCACCUCUUUCAAGCAUCAAAACGAGUGCAUAACCAAGGGCUGCCAUGUGCUAAUCGCGACUCCGGGACGACUGCUGGACUUUGUUGACCGCACUUUCAUUACCUUUGAAGAUACUCGUUUCGUAGUAUUGGACGAGGCCGAUCGAAUGCUGGACAUGGGCUUCUCGGAAAGCAUGCGGAAAUUUAUGACCCAUCAGACAAUGCGUCCGGAACACCAAACAUUGAUGUUUUCCGCCACGUUUCCCGAGGAAAUCCAGCGCCUGGCAGGCGAAUUCUUGAAGAGUUAUGUCUUCGUUACUAUUGGCGUAGUGGGAGGAGCUUGCUCAGAUGUACAGCAGACCAUUUACGAAGUUAAUAAAUUCGCCAAGCGAUCAAAGCUAAUGGAAAUCCUUCGCGAGCAAGCGGAUGGUACCAUUGUCUUCGUAGAGACAAAGCGUGGGGCAGACUUUUUAGCUUCGUUCCUGUCGGAAACAGAAUUUCCGACAACCUCGAUUCAUGGCGAUCGUCUCCAGAGUCAACGCGAGCAGGCCUUGCGUGACUUCAAGAACGGCUCUAUGAAGGUUAUCAUAGCUACUUCAGUUGCGGCUCGUGGUCUUGAUAUCAAGAACAUCAAGCAUGUGGUCAACUUUGACAUGCCCAAUAACAUCGAUGACUACGUACAUCGCAUUGGACGUACAGGUCGAGUAGGCAACAAUGGCCGGGCCACAUCUUUCUUUGAUCCUGACCAGGAUCAAUCUCUUGCAGGAGACUUGAUAAAAAUCUUGGAGGGAUCUGGCCAGACCGUUCCGGAGUUUCUACGCGACUUGGGUGGGGGCGGUGGUGGUGGUUACUCCAACAAGAAGUUCGGUGGCGUGGAUGUGCGUGGUAGGGGAAAUGCCGUAGUCGAGGCAACCUACGCUGAGGAUAACGAGGAGUGGGAUUAAUAAAAACCUUUGGACACAGAUGCUAAAAUACUCUAACCUUAGCAACUAAGAUUAACAGAGUUCUUUGUCUUGUUUAAGUUCAAACUCAAUAGGCGAUAUAUAAAAACUAUAUAAUAGCCUAAUAAA